CAUACUCUCAUAAAAACACUAUCAUACUCUCUUAAAAACACUAUCAUACUCUCACACAUACACCAUCAUACUCUCACACAUACACUAUCAUACUCUCACACAUACACUAUCAUACUCUCUUAAAAACACUAUCAUACUCUCACACAUACACCAUCAUACUCUCACACAUACACUAUCAUACUCUCACACAUACACUAUCAUACUCUCACACAUACACUAUCAUACUCUCACACAUACACCAUCAUACUCUCUUAAAAACACAAUCAUACUCAAUGAUGACAAUGAUUGUGUGUUUAAGAAGUUAUGAUGGUUUAUGUGAGAGGGAAUUGUACCAUGUGUGAAAGAGUAUAAUUGAACAGGAAGUUAGUUUGAUCAAACAGGAAGACAGUUUAAAUCCUCAUUCCUUGAUUGGCUUACAGCCCUAAAAAUAAAGCCUGGACCUUCUCAGAGUACUGCUAGCUAAACUGAAGCUACGUGGGAGCAUUCAAAUCAAGCAGCAGCACUUUCAAGGACAACUUUAUAGUUUUUUUAAGAACAGUAGCAAAGUAGUCAUGAUUUUUCCACUUAUUUACCUUCUUUUUCAAGUUCAGUUUUUGUUUGUGGGAGUAAAUGGUAAUGAGGAGGACAUUGCUAUUUUUUUCACUAAUACCAUGAGGUGUGUUCAGACCAUUGUAAGGGAAACAGACAGCCUGGGACAUGACAGCAUGAUUUUGGAACGAUUAUUCUGUGAGCUUAACGGAUAUGCACGGACAAUUUCUUUCUUUCUCUCAAUAAGCCAGCAGUUAGAAGGGGGUGACAUUCAAGGAAGCUUAGGUGCACUGGAGGCACUCUAUGCAUGUUUUUGUUCCAUCAUAAAUUCGUAUGAAAACUCAAGAUCUGUGGAAAUGAGACAAAGGGAUAUGUUUACUUCAAGAGCACCACCAACAAUCAGAACUGGUCAUCCUGGUCGCCCUCAGUACAAUAUAUUCCAUGAACAAAUUACCUACUGUUUGUCCCUUGGAAUGAGUUGGCAAAGGAUAGCUGUAUGUUUUGGAAUCAGCAGAAGGACAUUGUACAGGCACAGACAGCAACUUCAAAUUGGGCCACUGACUUACACAGCAAUGUCUGAUGAGGCCUUGACUGACAUUGUUAGUGCAAUCCUUCAAACCACCCCAAAUGCAGGAGAAAGGUAUGUGCUCGGAGGCCUCCGAUCACGCAACAUUAGAAUACAGCGUUGGAGAGUGAGACGUUGCCUGCAACAGCUUGACCCAGUUGGACGGGCCUUCCGCCGCCGCCGUGCAAUUCGCCGAAGAAUUUACAAUGUUCAGACUCCUAAUCAAUUAUGGCACAUCGAUGGAAACCAUAAGCUGGUGAGGUGGAGGUUGGUCUUUCAUGGAUGUGUUGACGGCUUUAGCCGGACCAUCAUAUACUUGCAGUGCCUCAGUAACAACAGGGCAUCAAGCGUACUGGAACUGUUUUGUACUGGUGUACAGAGCUUUGGCCUUCCCUUAAGAGUACGCUGUGACCAUGGCAUGGAGAACACAGCAGUUGCCCGGUAUAUGCUGGAGAGAAGGGGUUUAAACAGAGGCAGUGUCAUUACUGGACGCAGUGUCCACAAUCAGAGGAUUGAACGGUUGUGGGCAGAGCUAAACAGAGUUGUCUCAUUCCACUUCAGUAACCUCUUCACCUUCAUGGAAAAUGAGGGCAUACUGGAUUCUACAGAUGAACUCCAUCUGUUUUGUCUGCACUACAUCUACUUGCCAAGAGUUCAGAGGGCGGCUGCAGAAUUCCGAAAUCAGUGGAACAAUCAUGGAUUAUCUACACAAGGAGGACAAACACCUCUCCAACUGUGGCAGAGAGGGGUUCUUAACAGUGCAAUUCAGGACAUUUUAGCAGGAAAUGAUACCUUGGAAAUCAAUGAAGACACCCUUCUACAGUUAGAGACUGAAAACAAUAUUGUUGUUCCAGUAAACAACUUUAAUGCAAAUCAAACAGUUCUGAACAGAAUUCACGAGACAGUAGACCCACUGAGUGAUGAUGGUAACCACGGCAUACAAUUAUUUUUAGGCCUGGUGAAUUUUAUUAGUGAACAGUAACAAGGACGCUUGAGUACUAGAACACUGUGGAUUGUACUCUAACAGAUAAAUGGUAAAUGGCUGCAUAUAGUACUUUUAUGCAAAGUGCUAAGCUAAACAGUUUAUCUCACAACAGACUGAAUAAUGUAACCAACAUUUAGCUUUUUUUUGCACCACUGGGCUUGUAUACCCUAAAAAAAAAUAAUAAUAACUUCCCAACCACUCCACUAGAAAAGAAUGUGACAGAAAAAAGGUAUUCUAUACAGCCUGUGAAUGCAUUGGUUAUUGGAAAAAAAAAAGUUUUGGCUCACUACUGAAAAUGUGUUUUUUUUUUUUUUUCAAACUGGAAUAGUUACCUGUAAUAGCAUCAAAUGCAAGAUUUUUCUGCAAAUGGCUAAGCUUGAAUGUUCACAGUCCAUAUAUUAUUCUCUACCAAAACCCUGUGUGUUACCUAAUGCAAAGUCCAUACUCUCCCUGAAAUCCUCGUAUGUGUCAAGCAGCGGCAACUUAAGGCAGUUGAUGCAGGUGUUUGCCAUUGGCAAACAGCGUCUGGAGCUGACAGGCUGAUCAUGCAAGAAAUCAACUGAUGGUUGAGGGGAGAAGCCAACCGGAGGGAUGACACUUGCACCCGUUGCAAAGGCUAGGAUUUUACCUAGCUUUGAGGAUCCCUCUUGCUCUAACACACAGAAAAACAAGCAAGCAAACACCAAAGACAACAAUGAGAAUUUACAGCAAUUAUACCAGAAAGUAAAUAGUACCAUAUAGAAAGCUCCAAAAGGAAUGUAAGACGAAGAAAAGAGAGAAAUGAAAGUGAUAGAUGAAAAGAACUUAAGGAGAGGAGUGAAAGAAAAAAGAAAAAAGUUACUAGAACUACAAAAAUAGCAUACAAAAUUAUUUAAAAGGUAUAUAAUGGAAAGACAACCAAUUCUAGAGGAGACAGAUUGCAAAAAGAAAGGAAGCAAAGAGUAAAGAUAGAGGAAGGGAAAAUGAGUAAAAAACUUAAAAAAAACAAAAAAAAAGGAUAAAUGGAAAAAAAAAAAAGGAAAGACUGAAAGAGAGACCCAAUAUGGGAACAAAAGUUGACAACUUGGCCAAAUGGUGGCAUUAGCAAAGGUUAGGGAAAAACCAAAAUCCUUUUGAUUCAACCUCUGAGAAUAAUGAAUGUUCAUUGCAAUUAGUAGUCCAUGUAUUUUCUCCUAGCCCAGUAUACUGUAUGUACAAUUUGUAAACGUGACAAAAGCAUGAGACAGUGCCAUAUCUAACAUAUCUAGCAAAUAAUUACCUUCAACAUCCUGCAGGUAGUCCCUCCAAAAUGGAACAACACGUUCCUCUGCCCUUCUUUUGUUGCUUCCCACUGCAGACAGCCGGAUGUGGAACAGGUGAUCCAUUAAGUCAGCAGUGAGUGGGGAUGGUUCGUGACACAUUAAGGGUCUAAAACUGUCUGGGUGCAUUCUGAUCGCAUCCAGAACACCAAGGGUCUUCAGCCCCUCCUUAAAUCUACACAAAUGAGACACAAGAAGACAAAAAUGUCUGUUUCAAAUUGUGUUGAUAAUCAUAUAUUGUUAGGCUAGCAGGGGGAAAGGGAUGACUUGCUUCAUCAAUGCAGAAUAAAAGCUAGAAAAUCCAAGAUGCCAGCACAAGUUAGGAUGAAAUCUAGGAUGGCAAAAAAUGUGAAAUAUGUUUUGUCUUUGACAAUCUGAAAUUUAUCUGUUCAGACUCGCCAAACAAUUUCAAAUCCAAUUUAAUCCCAAAUGUACAAGCUAGCAAUCAUUUUUAGAAGAACCAGAAGAAAGACUACACAGAAUUUAUCGUUGUGGUUAAAAUUUUGUUUUUGUAUGUGUAAUAUGUCUCAAUUUUGAAAAUGUAGUUGUUGUAAUGUGUGCAAAUAGUUUAUUUUACAGGGUACUUUAGAGAUGGUAAUGAGUUGCUUACUUCAUCAAUUGUUUGGAACCUGUUUUUUUUUGUUAUUCUUACACAACCCAUGUAGGCAUUUGAUAAGGAUAUACAGUGGCUUUUUAAUUAAAAAUUAAAAAGAAAAAAAAUACAGUACAUGUUCAAAUGUUUUGUUGUUGUAUUUGUGCAGAGGAGAAAAUAUAGCAGAAAAUAUCACUAUCCAUGUAACAAAAAUUUCACAAAUUUGCUGUUCUGAACAAUAGUGUUACACAAACCUUUCAAAUGCCCCGCAGACUCUGUGGACCACCUGAAACAUGAGAAUGUCUUUAACCAGCAGAUCUCUGUCCUCAAUGCAUUUCAGUGGCCUGAGACACCCAGCAUUUGCCAGGUAAUCUUGCAGUGGUUCAGUGGCGUUUAUCAGGUCAUCCAAAGACGUACAUUCGGACACCUAAAAACACCACACAAAAGAAAAAAGAGAAAUAAUAAACUAAAGCAAAGGUUGGCAUCCAAGGAUGCAAAAAGUAUGUGUGGUAAAUCUGUAGCCUCCUUUUGACAAGUGUUUUGUGGAUAGAAAACAACACCACACACUAUCUUUGAAAAGUGUUGAUUCAACUGUAUGAUCAUUUUGGAGUCUGCAGGUUUUGGUGCUGUUGAACUGGAUUGCAUUAUACUGAGAGGUGUUUUGGUUAUUUAGCCUUCCAACACUGAAAUGAAUGGGGCAGACAAAAUAACAAAUGUCAGAAUAACAUAAUACAGUUCACUGACAGCCCAAACUACAUCCUCCAAAAUGAUCACAGAGUUGAAUCAACACCUCUCUAAAACAGUUUGAACAAAACCUGAACAUUAAAACCUUCAUGAACGUAGGAUUUAUUGCAGGACUGUUGGAUUAGGCUACAUUACUUUUAGCGAGGUAGACCUAAUAAAUUGGCAACUGAGUGUAUGUUUACAAUAAAUUUACCUUUUUAACCUUCUCAUAGCGGUCUGUAUCAGCAAUGUCUUCCAAGACAGGCUUUACUGAAGAACUGCCACCAACUAGACAAGAAUACAGUGUUGGUGCAAUGAAUCCUGGUGGAGGACCGCCAUGGACAAGACUUACGGCAAUGGCCUGGCCAGCGAUAAAAUAUUUAUCUUCUCUUAAAGCUGAAACAAACAUAGCAUGGAAGACAAAACAGAGGAUAAAAUGAAUGGUACGCACCCUAGGACAAAACUAGUGCUGGGAAA